GGCAACCAGUUUGGGCUACAGGGUGAUAUGGCUGCAGUCAUAAUUAGUGUCUCUUUCAGUGAAAGGCACAGAUUUUACUAGUAAAAUUUAUAUAAUGAAUAAUAUAUGUGUCAAAUAAUGUUCUUAGCCUUUUCUUCCUGUAGGGGAGACUACAAUAAUUUACUAUGAAUUAAAUGGAAACCAAAUUAAUACAAUUUAUUGUGUAACCAAAAUACCAAUAAUGCCCAAAAGAAAAAGAAUAAACUUAGCGUGUGACUUUUAAUUAUAAACAAGCCCGAAAUACACCGUGACUCUUAUUUUGAAAUGUCUGUACUAUUGCAGGCUGAUCCUUCAGAUUCUUCGAUUCGAUGUAUGAUGUAUUCCGAUGUAUGAGUCUUGCCUGACUGCAUUGUGCCAAGUGUAAAGUUUGGUGGAGGGGGGAUUAUGCUGUGGGGUUGUUUUUCAGGGGUUGGGCUUGGCCCCUUAGUUCCAGUGAAAGGAACUCUUAAUGCUUCAGCAUACCAAGACAUUUUGGACAAUUUCAUGCUCCCAACUUUGUGGAAACAGUUUGGGGAUGGCCCCUUCCUGUUCCAACAUGACUGUGCACCAGUGCAGAAAGCAAGGUCCUUGACUCUCCUGCACAGAGUCCUGACCUCAACCCGACAGAACACCUUUGAGAUGAAUUCGAGCGGAGACUGUGAGCCAGGCCUUUCUUGCCAACAUCAGUGCCUGACCUCACAAAUGUGCUUCUAGAAGAAUGGUCAAAAAUUCCUAUAAACACACUCCUAAACCUUGUGGAAAGCCUUCCCAGAAGAGUUGAAGCUGUUAUAGCUGCAAAGGGUGGGCCAACUCCAUAUUAAACCCUACGGAUUAAGAAUGGGAUGUCAUUAAAGUUCAUGUGCACACAAAGGCAGGUGUCCCAAAACUUUUGGCAAUAUCAUUGAAGUCUGUGAAGUUUAAUGGAGCCUGUUGUCAGAAAAUGCACACUCGCAGGAUUUUCUAACUUUUACAGAUGAGCACCCCUACCGUAUACCAGUGAAAACAGACUGCUGGAAAAUACUGUCAAUAACGGGAAAGCGUGAUGUCAUAAAUGACAGAAAAUCUCAAAACGUGUCUUAAAGGGGUGGUUAAAUGCGAUUUCACUUUUUUAACUUUAGUUAGUGUGAUGUCGCUGCUUGAGCAUAAACAGUGUCUGCAAAGUUACAGCGCUGAAAGUUCAAUGCAAACGGAGAUAUCGUCUUUUAAAGUUAAAUGCCUACAAACACGACCUGUUUUGGACUACAACGGGUAGGUGACAUCAUAAACCCUGCAAAACACACCCCGGGAACACGCAACAAAGUGGGCAAGGCCAUGUGGUGCAGCAUGUGGAAGCGGACACGUGUACACCGGACACGACGCGUCAAAAGAUAAUAGAACCCAUUAUAAUUUGUGAUAUUUUCUACACUGGAUGCGGCGCUGAAGACAGCUUCCAGAAUCUACACGAGUUCAAUGCUGGAUUUGCUCAAAGGCUUUUACUGAAAGAUGGAGCAGUUCCCACUUUAAAAGCAGAAGCUGCUGUUUAUUGGCUUCAAACUGUAAGUACAUUUUAUUGUUUGUACAUGUCUUUUAAACGUAGAGUUCUGUUGCUAUUUUUGGUUGCAUCAAGGACAUAUACAAAGAGCAACUCGUUUUUGCUUCGCUAGGCAGUUGGCUAAAUUCUACAAACACCAACAAACUUCUAUGUUCAUAGACAAACAGUUGUUCAUUCUAUAAAUUAAAAGCUACCUUUACAAAAAUGCGACUACUUAGUAAUGUAUUCGGCUACAGUAAAGAUUUAAUCAGGAUAAAACUGUAUAUUGAAAGCUAACAAACAGCAGUGACAGAAUAAACACUUGGACACAAAUACAAAAUGAAAUACCGUUCAUAAACGUCCUUUAAAAGCCGCGAUUGCGAUUGACCCUCUUCAUCUGGGUCUGAUUCGGGCUCAAUUUGAUACAGCAAUAAACGCCAUUAUUUACAUUUUGACUGAAGCAACGGAUGGUAUGGGGCGUGUCGUUUCCGGACGCUUCAGCAAAUCACGAUACACUGGGCCAGCUACCAACCUGAGCACAUUACGUAAUUUGGAGAGAGCAGCUUCAUAGAAGCAGGAAGUCAAACGAGCCGUUCAUAUGACAGUGGAAACAGAGGUGUAGAAUAAAGGUAAAAUAUAUGAAAAAUACAGCGUUUUCAAAAAACGAAGCGUUAAGACAUGUUAAACUGUGCCCCAAGAACACAAUCAAGCCUAGAAAAAAACCACUUAACCACCCCUUUAAAAUAAGAAAUUAAGGGUGUACUUGCACUAGGUGAUCGAAUACAGGCCGAGCACUUUUGACCCCCUAAGUCUGAUUCGCUUGACUUGUGUGAUUGCUCAGUACUGUUCCCUGGACCGCUUGAAGAGGCACGGUUGGAUUAGGAUUAGGCUCGGUAUGGAUGUAGUGAGAUUGCUAACCCUGCCAGAGUACCGAAUGGUUACUACUUAUGUGUGUGUGCUUGUCUGUCAUAAUUACAACAACAAAUAUCUUCUAUAACUAAUAGAACAGUACACUUUUCAAUGAAUGAAUUAAACUAUAUUUAGGUUUAUAACGGGUCCAGUUCUCACCUUAUUAAUGAACAGGAAUAGUAGUUUGAUUAAAGCUGCAAAUUCCUCCAUCAACGUCAACAAUCUUUUAACAAGCUGAUGAUCUUAACCAGAUGUGAAAAAUACAGAAGAGAUACAGAAUGUGCAGUGGCGGGUCCCUUUGGACCAGGUUUGAAAACCACUGGUGUAUUGAGUAUAAGAUCUUUAGACGGGAUGGCCAACUCGGGUUCUGGAGGGACACUAUUCUGUAGAGUUUAGCUCCAUCCCUGAUCAAACACACAUGCAAAAUUUAAGCCAACCUCAAAAUUUAACCCCAAGUCUCUGCAAGACGGUGGUCCUCCAGGACCAAAGCUGCCCAUCCCUGAUCCAUAGGGUAGGGUAUAGACCAGGGGUGUCCAACCCUGCUCCUGGAGAGCUACCGUCCUGCAGACUUCAGUUUCAACCCUGCUCCUACACUCCUGUCUGUAAUUAUCAAGCAACCCUGAACACCCUGAUUAUCUGGUUCAGGUGUGCUUGAUUGGGGUUGGAGCUGAAAUCUGUAGGACUGUAGCUCUCCAGGAGCAGGUUUGGACACCCCUGGUAUAGAUCAUAUAUGUUGUUGGUUUUGAUGCUUUAAAUGUCUAAAUUGUUUUAUGUCUGUUUUUGCCCUAAACCUAAUGACACUGAAAGAGACGAGUCAUGAACUUAAUGAAAGGGAAGAAGAGAAAAAACAUUAUGAUAAACAUAAUGAUUUCAUGACUGGGGAAAGAGCGACACAGGCUAAAAAGUCUUCCUCACAAAAAAGAGCUCAAAAGACAGGAACUAAAAGUUAUUUCACCUGCCAACAGUGUGGAAAGAGUUUUAAACAACACAGAUUACUUAAAGUCCACUUGAGAGUUCACACUAGAGAGAGCCCCAUCACUUGCCAACAGUGUGGAAAGAGUUUCACACGUGAAGACUACCUUAAAGUCCACAUGAGGAUUCAUACUGGAGAAAAGCCUUACACCUGCCAACAGUGUGGAAAGAGUUUCAGUCAAAAAGGAAACCUUAAAGACCACAUGAGAAUUCACACUGGAGAGAAACCUUUCACCUGCCAACAAUGUGGACAGAGUUUCAGUCAAAAAGGAAGUCUUAAAGUCCACAUGAGAAUUCACACUGGAGAAAAGCCUCACACCUGCCAACAGUGUGGAAAGAGUUUCCCUGUAAAAGGAAGACUUAUAGUCCACAUGAGAAUUCACACUGGAGAGAGCCCAUUCGCCUGCCAACAGUGUGGACAGAGUUACAAAGAAAAAGGAAAACUUGAAAUCCACAUGAAAAUUCACACUGGAGAAAAGCCUCACACCUGCCAACAGUGUGGAAAGAGUUUCAGUAGAAAAGGAAGUCUUACAGCCCACAUGAAUAUUCACACUGGAGAGAAGCCAUACACAUGUGAUCAGUGUGGAAAGAGUUUCACACAUAAAUUGACCCUUUAUAACCACAUGAAUAUUCAUACCGAAGAGAAGCCAUUCAUUUGUGAUAAGUGUGGUAAGAGUUUCAGAUUAAAAGGUAACCUUAAGAGCCACACAAGGAUUCACUUGAAAGAGAAGUCUUUUAGAAGUCGUCACUGUGGAAAUAGCAGAGGUGUAAAGAGUACCUAAAAACAAUACUUGAAU